CUUCACUUCUGUUAUGACAACUUUGAGCACAACUUGUUUUCGUCCCGGCAUCAUCGUUUGAUAGCUUGCUUAGCUACUAGGCAACUAGUAGCGUGUGAGAGAGAGUUUGCCUGCCACCCAGUUUUCCACACCGUGAUUUCUGUGUAUCCUUUUGUGUGUAGGUAUUUUCCUGAGAGUGCGAGAGAGAGUUUGACUCCGAACUGAAGAGGUGGGUGGUGCGUGAAUUUGCGAAGGAAAAACUCAGUGUUCUCCGUCUGAUUGGUCCUUUCGGCUCUCGCGUGUGUUUAUGCUGCUGCUGAGUGCUUUCUCCGGGAUUUAGCUCAGGCUAGACUGGCGUUCCAUCGAUAAUAAUAACACAUUUUCCUCUGUGACCGCAAGCAGACAGGAGUUUCCUUUCGAGUGGUGAGGAACCGCCUGGUUCCAAACUUAAUAACAGAAGAAAAAACGCAGCAUAAAGCUAGUCCUAGUAGUGCUUGAUAGUGCGGCAGAGAGUAUCCCCUGCAAAUCCCCGUUUUCCCCCGUUUGUGAUCCUUGUUUCGCGAGUUAGCCUCGAUUUUCCCACUUGGCUCUGGUGGCUGAUGAUGAUGGAUUUGCUGCAGUGAUGAGAAAGACGGUAUUGUGGGUUGGUGAAUAAUAAGGAAUCAGUGUAUUGUCGAGAAAAUUUUCCCGUCGAAAGCUGAAAGGAAAAUUCUGUGACUGAGUUUGAUGAGAAUAAAGAUCAAGUGGAUGGCAUCAGAGAACCCAUCAGAGUUUCACGGAAAUUUUUCAGUAAGAAUUGAUGCAGCUUGGGUAGAGUAGGCAUAGCUCUAGAUAGAAUUUCAAAUUAGUUUUAUUGUGGUCGAAGAAGAGACUUCUGAUUUUUGCUAGUGAAUGUGAGUGAAGCAUAGUUUCGAUGUGUCGAAUGGUAUAAUCCGCCAAUGUUUAUUGUGAAGUGAUUACAGUAGAUAGACGGCCUCCCCAUAAAAGAUCCUUGUAAAGUGUCCAAGUGUCGUGAAAUUCAUGAAGCAUCAACAUUGCGUUCGUUCUUUGUUAAGAUAAUUGUCGGUGGCAAUAUUCACCCUAAAAAGUGCAUCAAUCGGUGUGAAAAAUUAGUGCUCAAAAAUAGCAUUUUCUCUAAAGUGGAAACGCAAAUUCGUGGUUAUAAGGUGAAUCAUCUAGGAAAUCAUAUAAGAUUAGCACUACUACGCUUUAAAAGCACAAACAGUGCAGGUCUGUUGAAAAUACCUUAUGUUCUGAAAGAAAGUCGGGGACAUUCAUUGAAGACAUAUAAAUCUUGUUGGCCUCAUUUUUGAAAAUCCGUAUGAAACAUCGCUGAAUCGGAAUGCUCCUGUCCUACGGAUACAAAAGCGUAUAAAUGUGUGAUUGUGUUUAGAGAGCUCUGACCUGUAUCCUAUUACCAGCCAGAGGUUUUGCCAGCAAACACCACUGGAGCAGCAAGGAUCAUCACAGAGAGAGUGCAGACGCAGCACCAUCAGGAGCAGCAGUGAGCAACAAGAAGAGCACCGAGCAACGAAACGAGAGCAGUUGCGGUGAGCUUUUCCGUUGAGGAGAGGCUGUUGUGAAACGUGUGGAGAGCUGCAGAUAGCGUAAAAAACAGCAACGACCAAAAACAAGAACAUCAACAACACCAUCGAAGAACGAGCGAAAAUGUCGGCAAACGAUGCAAACUUUAUGUUGUUCUCCAGCAUCAAUGAUUGUUCCUACGUUUCGUGCUACUGCGAGGAAAAUGUGUGGAAACUGUGCGAGCAGGUGAAAAAGACACAUCCGGCUGAGCUGUCGAAAUGCUACGCCGUGUUCGUGUCGAACGAGCGGAGAACGGUGCCCCUCUGGAGACAGAAAGCCGGCCGCGGCGACGAGAAGCUGGUGAUAUGGGACUACCACGUGUUCUUCAUGCACAAUCCAUCACCGAACCGGUGUCUGGUGUUCGACAUGGAUACCACGUUACCCUUUCCGACCUAUUUCCACAAGUACGUCACGGAAACGUUCCGCUCGGACUAUGCGGUGACGCCCGAGCAUCAUAGGUUCUUUAGAGUAAUACCUGCCGAAAAAUACCUAGCAGAAUUCUCGUCCGACCGGAGACAUAUGCGCAGACCGGAUGGAUCCUGGAUAAAGCCACCCCCGUCGUAUGCUCCCAUUCAAACUAGCACCAACACGCACAGCCUGGAUGACUUCAUCUGUAUGAAACCCGGCAAAGGGCCGGGCAGCGUGUACGACCUGCUGCAUUUCGUGCAACAGUUUUACAAACCACCCGACAGGAAUAUCACCAAAACGCAGAACUAAAUUACGCUUACGACGGUAGUGGCGACGGCGGUGGGUGGUGGUGUACUCCUCGGUGACGACAGCGGUGUGUGCUGCUGCCUCACUACUAUUUACUGUUUAUGCUCCUGUUUCUACCGUUGUUGUUGCCGUUGCUGCUGCUCCUGCCAUUACUGUUGAUCAUCGGUGGCCCCACUAUUGCCACUGUCACCGGCGUUGCCACGACCUCCGCCCCUGCUGGUGGAAUGUGUAAUAAUUAUGAGCGGGCAUUUGUUACGGUGGUGGAUGUUUUCGUUGGUGGUAGGUUUAAUAAUUUACGGAAGGUCUGCCGUGCCACGGUGAUUGGGCCACGGUAGCAGCAUUCGAUACGGCACGGAAAAUGACCAGCAGCCUCUGGCGGUUUGUAUGGUGCAUCAUCAGCUUCUUUUCAGCAGGCGAAUGUGAAUUGUGAGGGGGCAGACUCGGCAGUUUUUCACCGAUGGAGACACAGGCGUAGUGUAGAAUGAAUAACAAUUUAUAGUUUAACAAAUGUGAACGGAAAAAAGACAGCAGCAUGUGCAUUAGGGUGACGCAAAAAUUUCAUUUUGACAGGUAACUUGAGGACUUAUUUUACGAGUGGUAAAUGCUGAUAUUAGAAACGAAUCUUUGUAGGAUGAAAACUGUUCAAAAUAUCGUUCAGAGGUUAUACCGAUGAUAUUUUCGAGGAAAAGCCCAAUUAUACAACAUUUUCACUACAGUAGAAUAAAAUACAAAUCCACCACAUCCCUUUAUCCUAUGACUCUUAACCCUCUAUAAGGUACCCCGGGGCAAGUGAGAAUCAGGGGCAAGUGAGACCUAUAGCUAGUAUUUUCAUUUUUAUUUAUUUUAAAGACUAACAUUCUUCAUAAAAAACAUAGGUAUCACACCUACGGAUACUUUGAAUACAAAAAAUGUUAUUGUUUCAAUCAUAAAGAUACCAUAUACGUUAUUAUUGUUCAUAUGUAAUUUUCAAUUCACUAGGUGAGAUUGACGUGCUCUACUACAUUCGUCGUUUAAAAAUAAAUUUGUCAUUAUACAAAUACUUUUUCGUUUUCAGGAUAGUAUUUGGAGUUCUUGCAAAUGAUUUCAAGCGAAAAAGCUGUAUUUUAUUUUUAUUUAUUACCUUUAGUUUACUGCUCUCACUUGCCCCAGUGCAUUUCGCUACCUGGGGUAAGUGGGACCUAUGAGAAUAAACAAACACAAUUUUAUGGGUUCAUCUCGCCUUGUCUAGCCUACGAUGAAAUUAGCACGAAAGUCAAUAAAAAUUGACGCGUUAAGUGAUCUACUGUUGAAUUAUACUUUAUUACCUCUAUUUAGAUGAUGAAUUUCUUGUUAAAUAUGGUAAAACCUUGGGUAAAACAAAAAAAAAAUCAAAAGCAUGUAUUUUUUAUGUUUUUCUCUAAAUAUAUUCCAUUAUUUUUUCACCUAACGCUGCAUAAUGGAUUCUUUUGGGCAUUCAGGAACCGUCCAUAAAAAAUUAAAAUAGGGAAAUGACCUUUUCAAAAUUCAUGAUUAAAAAACAAAACAUUAUUUAAUGAUCGUAAGAUUAUGCAAGGGAGAAGAUAUUACUGAAAAUCUUGAAACCCCAGAUAUACUUUUGGCGAGAUUCAUCAACUAUAUAAUAUAGAGACCAAGUUUCGAAAUCUUUUGUCUCUUCACUUUACGGCGCUUUUUGUAUAAAAAAUCAAUUUAUUUUGCAUGAGCUGCUAGAGUUGAUUCAAGUAUUUUUCCCCAGCGUUUUUUUAUGUGUUACGUAAUUUAUGCACGAUACCAUAAACCUCUUCUUAUUUUAAUAUCUAAAGAUAGUCAUUCAUAUAAGAGAUUUAUGAUUUAUGUUACCUUACUUGUUGCAACUUAUAUUAAGCCCUUUGCACAAAAACUCUGAAUAGGUUCCACUUGCCCCGUGAAACGCAGUGAAUGAAGAUCUGCUACACUUUUCAUUAUAUGCAUAAUAUAUCGAAUUUUGAAAUUUUGAAACAGUUUUAAUGCACGUUAAUAAGUACCAAUAUACCAACAACGUCUUUUGGGUUCAUUGGAAUUAUAGAAAAAAAUGUGUUCUGAAAUUUUUGCCAUGACAAAACCAAAUUAGCAUUUUUUUAGGUCCCACUUGCCCCGGGGUACCUUAACCCAAAAUUUUGAUUCUGAUUCUGUUUUGGACGACGAUUCGUUUCUGGUUUCGGUAAAAAUUCUUGGCUGAUCCCAUGUGCAGUAAACGACGGAUUCUUUAAAAUUCUUACAAAAUUGUUACUUAGGCCCUUCUGAAAUUAAAUGCAAGAGUUUUCAACAGGAUUCUUAAUAAUAUUUUUUAACGCUUUGUUGAUGUUCUUUGAGAAUUUCUUUUUUGAUAAUAUUAUUUUUCAAAACCUUCACCCUUUUGUUCAAUGCAAACAUUUGUUUCUAUGUCCUUGAGGUAUCUUCUCCUAAAAAAUGAGCACCCAUGUUUCCUGUUAAAGUGCCAUUUGCGACCAUCUGAAUUGCGUAUUUAGUAUAAAAUUUCAAAUUUUAUGAGACAAACUAAUUCAAUGUAUGCGCGUCCAAACAACACAACAUACAUGCAUAGAUAUAAGCUAAUAUUUGAUCGUAUGAUUUUAAGUGUUAUGAAUUACUUAUUAAUCUAGAGAAAGAGGGAUUAUCAAUCCUGAAGAGUAUAAAGAGCUGAAAAACUAGAAACAAAUAUGAGAUCGGCGAUAUUAUACAACAGAACACAAGUUAAGUAAUGAAGAUUAAAUCAGCGAACACGAUUGUUGCAUUUAUAGAUAAAAACAAGAAAACAAACUCGAAGAGCUAAUUAUCUGUUGAACUUAAAACAAACAAAAACUAACGAAAGAGAAUGAAUUGAACUACGAACAGAACACCUUUUUCCUCCUUUUCUGCACAAAACUUAAAACA